UGGCUGCUCUCUGUGUUGUGUUUUGAGAGCAGCUCAUAGAAUGAACGAGAGUGCCGAGUGAUUGAUGCAAUGUUAGGAGGAGUUGUGUUUGGGGAUUUAGAAGCGGUGUUCUGCUGUUUGAAAUGGCUGAGACCCAAUAAAAAGGUCGCAGGAGAGCAGAAGUAUCACCCCGAAUGCUUCACCUGUCUGAACUGCAGGGCCUUCAUUGGGGAUGGGGACACGUAUGCAUUAGUGGAGCGCUCCAAGCUGUACUGUGGGCGCUGCUAUUACCAGACGAUUGUGACUCCGGUCAUUGAGCAGAUCCUGCCGGACACUCCGUGCUCCCGGAUCCCGCACACUGUCACUCUGGUGUCCAUCCCCGCCUCCACCGACGGCAAGCGUGGCAUCUCCGUGUCCAUCGAUGAGGGCUGCAGCUCCAGUGGGUGUGCAGCCGACCACACACACACAGUCAGAGUCAAGGAAUUAGACACGGAGUGCAUCAGCCCGGAUGUGAAGAACUCGAUCCAUGUCGGGGACAAGAUCCUGGAGAUCAACGGGACGCCGAUCCGAAACGUUUCUCCAGAUGAGAUCGACCUGUUGAUCCAGGAGACAAGCCGGCUGCUGCAGCUGACCAUAGAGCACGACCCCCACGGCUCAGGGUCAGAAGCGAGCCCGCUGUCCGACCUGUGCAGCCCCCUCAGAUCUCUACCUCGCACCCCCUGCGCGGAUACCAGCGGCACCCACUCUCGAGCCAUCACGAGGAGCUGCAGUAUUGACAAGUCUCCCUGCUCCAGCCACACAGCCUCCCCCCAUUCCCAGCGCAAGGAUAUCGGCCGCUCCGAGUCCCUGCGCGUCGUCACCACCCAGACUCACCGCAUCUUCCGCCCCUCGGACCUCAUCCAUGGGGAGGUGCUGGGGAAAGGCUGCUUCGGACAGGCCAUCAAGGUGACGCACAAGGAUACUGGGGAGGUGAUGGUGAUGAAGGAGCUGAUUCGUUUUGAUGACGACACUCAGAGGACCUUCCUAAAAGAGGUGAAGGUGAUGCGUUGCCUGGACCACCCCAACGUUCUGAAGUUCAUCGGGGUUCUUUACAAGGACAAGAGGCUCAACUUCAUCACAGAGUACAUCAAAGGAGGCACCCUGAGGGACAUCAUUAAAAAAAUGGAGAGCAAGUAUCCAUGGAAUCAGCGAGUGAGUUUUGCCAAGGAUAUUGCAGCUGGAAUGACCUACCUGCAUUCCAUGAACAUUCUCCACCGGGACUUGAAUUCAUACAACUGUCUUGUUCGAGAGAACAAGAGCGUGGUUGUGGCUGAUUUCGGGCUGUCCCGGCUGAUGGUGGAAGACAAGCACCAGACAGACAAGCUCUCCGCCAACAAACUGCCGACGCUGAAGAAGCGGGACCGGCGAAAGCGCUACACUGUGGUGGGGAACCCUUACUGGAUGGCUCCUGAGAUGAUCCACGGAAAGAGUUACGACGAGAAGGUGGAUGUCUUUUCCUUUGGGAUCAUGCUGUGUGAGAUCAUUGGCAGGGUCAGUGCAGACCCAGACUACCUGCCCAGGACGAUGGAUUUCGGUCUCAAUGUCAAGGGCUUCCUGGACCGGUUCUGCCCCCCUGACUGCCCGCAGCCCUUCUUCCCCAUUGCAGUUCUGUGCUGUGACCUGGACCCAGAGAAACGACCCUCGUUUGCCAAGCUGGAGCAGUGGCUGGAGAACCUGAAAAUGCACAUGGAAAACCGGCGUCCGUUGACCUCCGAACUCGACCGGACCACGCAGGACUUCUGGCAGAGCCACACGCGCUCCGAGAACGGGCUGCACACACACCCCGAGCAGCCUGAGUAACUGGUGGGCAGGCUUGAGCUGAACUGGUAGCAAUGGACAUAGGAGGUGGGGUGGGGCAGGGGAGAGGGGUCCACUCACAUCAAACUGUCUGCCACCAUACAGGCAGCUUGCACCCAGGUGUAGCUAAUGGAAGGUGGAACUGGUUUUCACUGAGACAGACUCGGACUUGGCUGUCAAUUCUGGGGGUUCGAAAGCUAAUCAAAGCGCACUUUCGUUAUCGAACACAGAAUGUCACUUCACCAUCACGGCUCUAGUCUGCUGAACGUUCAUUUUAAUGUUGUUAUCUUCUUAAUCAUAGUACAGGAGUAGAGAAGUCUUUUAAAAGCUCCCUGUUACUGGAAUCAGUGGGGUUUAUUUAUACAAAAGGCACCUGUGAAACACUAAAAGUGUUGGUUUAGGUUGUGUUGAGCUUAAAUAUUUAGAAUUUUGACAUUCUAUUACGUUUUAAAUAGAAUUGUAAAAUUUAAAAUAUUUAAAUGGGGGGGGAAAAGUUUUACUUUUAAAUAGCCCUAAAUGGUAGAUAGCAAGAUGCUUUGGUAGUUUCUGAAGAUUACAGUAGAGGGCGGUAUAGCAUCAUAACCUCAAAUAGAAUUCCACAGCCUCUUAGCCCCACGCAACUGUGUCUAAUAGGUUAUAAUCAUGCAUUGCAAAGCACGAUUAUUUGUGUAACCCGAUCAUUUCUGAUUCUGAUAUCCAGCUUGACUGUAAAUAGUUAUCGCCAUCAUGUAAAUGUUUAAAAGAUUAUAACUGUACAGAAAUAUUUUAUAUAUUAAGGCUCCAUAUUUUUUCUUAAGCUAUACAUUACAUGAAUAGCCUGGCUACACUUUUAAAGCAGCUUGCCUGGCAAUGAAGUCUGCACUGCAUUGUAGAGACAUUUCACUGUAAAAACUAAACUGGAACUAGCCAGAAAUAAUGCAUCUUCUACAUAUGUCUGUAUAUACAAACCCAACUACUGUCUGUUUUUUGAGGGGCACCUAUUGAAAUGGUUACAGUUCUAGUGCAUAGAUGGCACUGUGAUACCAAAUGUUUUCAUGAGGAGUAAGGACAAAGAUACUGUAUCCAAGUUAGAAACCUUGUUCGGUCAUUGGCCUUUCUUUAUUUCAGCCCUGGCUUACUAAGGUUAUUUUUACAUUGUAAAAUGCAAUACAAUUAUCCCUCGAUAAUUCACACAUCUGGUUAAGACAGUGAAUUGUACAAGUACUGUAUGAACCCUUUGUGUGUGUGUGAAGGCUUCUGCAAAAUAACAUCUGGUUUGCGAUGCUUCCUAUAAGCCUGUGAUUCUUAUCAACAUUGGUGACGGCUUUGCAAAAAUCAGAACUGAGAACGAAUCAUCCUGGAACGUGCAGAAUUUCACCCCUGCGCAGAGUGGCAGCUGUGUUAAGAGCUCAAGAACACACGAGCGUGGCUUUUUCAUUCAUCACUACACACAAUACCUAACUUUUAAACACUCGGAAGACUUUUGAGAUCUAGUCAUUGAUUAUUCAAAGCCACACUGCCUGAUGCAAGGAUGGGAAUCAUAGCUGUUGCAUAUAGCGACACAGAACUGAUUUUUCAACUGUACUGUAGCUCACUGCGACAACUUUCAAUAGACAAUGUUUAAAAAGCCAGAUGACUAUAAAUACUAAUGUAAAUAUCUGUAUUUGGGUGUAUUUACACACACAAGCUGUGGAUUAGCGGCAUUGCAUGUUGGCUUAGUGUUAAUACUUCCAAUGCUUCAAAGCUGUUUCUGUAAUCUUUAGCCGCUUAUAAACUAAAAAAUGAAGGAAUUAAUUUAAAAAGUUGUGUACAGAAAGCAGAGAUCAGCUAAAAAAAAAAAAAAAAAAAAAAAAAGUCAAACACAGAAUUGCUUUAGAAAUAUAAACCACUGUUUUUUGUAAAGGUUUUUUUUUUUUUUUUAUUUGAUUUGCACCAACCUUGGAGCCUUUUCAGUUAAGGGAGACAGGUGGAGUUUUCUGUGUUAGAGCUACAUUUGCCUGAGAUGAGGGCUCAGGGAAAGCAGCACAUUGCCACCUGCAAGCCAUGUGUUGCAUUUGCUUACAGAGCAGAACUGUAGAGGGGAAAUUUGUCUUUCCACACUUCAACAACUGGGACGCUUGUAGUGUAGCUGCCCUUUUAUUCAGUCAUCAUGUCUGUGCCUCCUGAUUUAGCUACACAACCUAGUUUGCCAGCUAUUGGUAUGCAUGUGUUUGCAUAACCCUGGAGUCUAAGACAGGUGAACUCUGAAUGCAAGACAACCGAAGUGUACGUCUGCUACAAACUGGAAAGCUCUCCUGUACUUCCUAACACCUGUAGACAGGUCCCCUAUGAAAGCUGUGCCAUGGUAAGCCUGCGUUCACUAUAGCACUGUUUAAUAAUCCGUACUGUUACGGCCUUUCCUCAAACAGACUUCCCCGUUACUGAAGCACUUCAAACAUACACUCGUCGAAAUACUAAAAUAAUAAUCUAUAGCAUUACAAGAAAUAGCACUCUAGAUGCACACUCUAGAAACUUUGCGUGCACGUUCAUUAAAGAAAGUUAAUGUUGAUGCCUCCAUUGACGCACGCCAUGAUAUCAGAACUACUCGUGGGAUUGUGAUGAAGCUUCAUGUACCAAGUCUUUACCACCAGAGAUUAUUGUUUGCCCAUAGCCAGGGGACUGACAGUAAAGAAUAGUGUGAAACACUGGCUGACAUUUUGCAAGGUUGAAACAUGACACCUCUUCAUAAGGGACCAUUACUGCUGAACGGAGCUGUGCCUUUCUGUUAAAGCUAGCCUUACCAACUACUUGUAGUUAUUUUAUAUCAUAAAAUGUCCACCUGUAUAGGUUUUAUACCAUUGCUAAUAAUUAUGUUUUAAUAUCUUCUGUACUGUAACUUGUUUUUUUUUUUUUUUUUUUUUAUUUGUCAUAUUUCCAUCGUCCUGUUUUUUAAUUGGUUGUAUUUUAUUUUGUUUUGCACAAGCUGUGAAAAUAAGAAUAUGCGCACUUUAAUCUGGGAAGUGAAGAUGAGGAGGUCCAGGGACAAGUCUCUGUAUUUUAGGGAUGGGAAAGAACUCCCAUUCCAUAGCAGUUUGAUCCAUUCCUCGUUUUCCUGAGUUUAAUAGCACACACUUGAGCUUCUUACCUUUGCACUGUGGCGAAGCAAGCUCGUAGCAAAACCUGGAAUGGGUGAAACUGCAAUGCAUUAGGAGUCUUAUUUCUGGUAUUUCACUGCAGCUGGAAUAAAAUGGCCGAUCCCUCAAA